AUGAACCAGGCACGGAGUCAAGUCAUCUUCGCACCUUCAAACGAUGCUCCCCGCGGCGUGAAGUCCGUUUUCCUUGCUGGCACCACCGAAAAAGUCGGGGAUUUCGACUGGCGCGAGCUUCUAUCCACCGCCCUCUCUGACGUGCCUAUCACAAUCUACAACCCUUACCGUGCGGAUUGGGAUAGCUCGUGGCACGAGGACAUCAAUUUUGCUCCUUACCGCGAGCAGGUCGAGUGA